AUGGCCAUCGAUCCCUUCAAGCCCGUUGUUCUUUCCGCCGAGGGUGCCGACCUCACCUUCUCGGUGCUUCCAUACGGUCUCACCUUCCACAGCAUCUCGACAGAAGCCGGUGAAGACUUCAUCGGUGGGCCAGAAGACCCCAAGGACCACGCCAAGGGUCGUAAGUUCCUCAACCCGAUCAUCGGGCGCUAUGCCAACCGUCUGGAAGCGGGCAAGAAGCUCGAGUACAAGUCUGCCAACGGCAAGACCACGCAGAUCGAGCUGCCCGAGUUCAGCGCACCAGGCGUAGUGCUGCACGGAGGGCCCGAGAGCGACAAGGAGAACAAGGUGGACAGCAUUGUCCAGCACGGUCCUUUCGACAAGUGUUACUGGCAACCGUUGGAUACCAAGGACAGCAAGCUGUUCGCCGACUCUGGUUUCAGCUCGACCAGCAGCCCGAGUGGCAAGGAGAGCAGCUUGAUCUUUGCUAUCGAGUCGCCAGAUGGUGAUUCCGGCUACCCGGGACAGGUUCGCGUCGAGACGCUGCUGGCUGUCGUACCGAGCUCGGCCUCCGACGCGGAGCUUGGCAAGUCGGCGGGCAAGCUUCUGAUUCGAUACCGAGCGGCGCUAGACAAGGACGGAUCUGUGGAGGCGACACCGUUCAACAUGACGCAUCACUGGGGCUUCAACCUGUCUGCCUCGAACGAAAAGGUGGGCAAGGCUGAGAAGGGCACAGUAUUUGAACACAUCUUCCAGCUGUACGCUCCUGCGGGCAAGUCGAUCUCGCACCUCGAGCUCGACCCUGCUCAGAUCGCCACUGGAGACCUCAAGCCUCUGUCUGGAUCCGCCGAGUCCUUCUCCAACCCUGGUCUGCACAGCUGGGAUCAGCCAGGCGGUAAGCGCAUCGGCGAAGGCAUUCCUUCGGACGGUUACGACGACUUUUACGUCUGGGGACCAACGCCGAUCCCUCAAUCGGACGACAUCAACAAGAUCGCCGUGGCAGAGACGAAGCGCGUCCGCCUCACGUCCGAGUCGGCAGGUCGCUCGGUCACGUUCCACUCGAACCAGGCUGGUGUUCAGCUCUGGUCGGCGGGUGCCAUGCCCGACCACCCGGCAGACCCAGCUCAGUCUGGUGGAUCGAUGAAGAAGGCGCACCGCAAGGGUGGACAGCCGGACAGCGGCAACUUCAACGGCGCAUUUGCGGCGAUCGAGUUCGGCGGCCCUCACUGCGGAUUCCUCGAGCCCAACCUAGUGGGUCUGGGUGGACAGGAGGAGAUUCUGGAGAAGGGCCAGGUGUACGACAACUGGGUCGUCGCCGAAGCUUGGCGCAAGUAG